AUGCCUCUAACACCUAAAGAAAUGCAGAAACUUUAUCGAGAACGGAUGAAAGAAGUAAAUCCUGAAAAAUUUAAAUUGCAGCAAAAACAAAAUGCAGAAAGAACAAAAAGAAAUAGAAAAAGAAUAGCAGAAUAUCCUUUAUCUGAUCAAGAAAUCAUUAGAAAGCAGUGGAGAGAGAGAAAGAAGAAAAACAUUGCUAGCAAAAGUUUGAAAGAAAAUUAUCAUGACAGAAUGAAGAAAUGUUCAAAGAAAAGAAAAAUAAAAGACAUACACCUUAAAACAAAUAAGAAACUUAAAACGGAAAAGGAGAGCAGUACAGACGAAGAUAUGACGAUUUCUUUGCAUGAUACUUCUGAUGAAGAGUAUCACAUUACAGAUGAUAUCUUAUCAGAUGAUGAUUAUCUGGAUCAUAUGGAUUAUCAAUUGAAAGAACAGAAGAACGUUACAAAUUUAAGAAAAAUAUCAGACACAAGUAAAAUAGAGAGAGAAAAAAUAGAACAAUCAAGCCAUGAAGAUAAAAAAAAAUACAUACACUGGUAA